CCCGAGCGGCCGCGGGCGGGCUCAGUCGCCGCGGCCCCGCCAUGGCCUGCUACAUCUACCAGCUGCCCUCCUGGGUGCUGGACGACCUGUGCCGCAGCAUGGACACGCUGAGCGAGUGGGACUGGAUGCGGUUCGCCUCCUUGGUGGUCACGGACGUGACCCAGUUGCGCCAGCUGCGGUCCCUGGAGCGCGUGCAGGGCACCAGCGUCACCCGGGAGCUGCUGUGGUGGUGGGGCAUGCGGCAGGCCACGGUGCAGCAGCUGCUGGACCUGCUGUGCCAUCUGCAGCUCUACCGCGCCGCCAGCAUCGUCCUGCAAGGGAAUCCGGUUUUGGAGAGCAUCCCGGCGCUGCCCGGCUUCCCCUGGGCUGUGCAGCUGGGGCCGGGGGCGGAUCCCGCGAGGAGUGGCCAGGGCAAGCCCCGGAAGGGGCAGCCAGCCAGGCCCGACUCCUCUCUGCACCCAGCGGCCGCCCCAGCCAGGGCGCCCCCGCCGGCCUCGCGCUCACGGCCUUCCCAGGAGUCCACGCCGGCCCCCCUGAAGGCCGGCCUCCCUGCCGCCUCUGAUCUGAAGUACGGCAGCACCUCCUUCCCGCAGCAGGAAACACGUGUGAGCGUCCCUGAUGGCGGCCUCUUCUGGAGCGAGGUCGACGUGGUCCAGGCAACCCAUAACUUUGACCAAAGCCACAGGAUCUGCGAGGGGACAUUUGCUGACAUCUACAGAGGACAGAGGCAUGGCAUGUCCUGGGUCUUCAAGAGGCUCAGAGAGACAGCCUGCUCGAGUCCAGGGUCCAUGGAGAGAUUCUUCCAGGCGGAGGUGCAGGUUUGCCUGAGAUGCUGCCAUCCCAACGUAUUACCUCUGCGGGGCUUCUGUGCGGGGAGAGAGUUCUACAGCCUGAUCUACGCCUACAUGGAGAAUGGUUCCUUGCAGGACAAACUGCUGGCCCAGGGUGGUGCCGACCCGCUCACCUGGCCUCAGCGCGCCAGCAUCUGCUCAGGGAUGCUUCGUGCCGUUGAGCAUCUACACAGCCUGGACAUCAUCCAUGGAAAUGUCAAGAGCUCCAACGUUCUGCUGGACCACAGCCUCACCCCCAAGCUGGCUCACCCCAUGGCUGCCCUGUGCCCUGGGGACGGAAGGUCCAGGUACACCCUGAUGAAGACGUGCGUCUUCCAGGCGUCCGCGGCCUACCUGCCCGAGGACUUCGUGAGGGUGGGGCGGCUGACCCAGCGAGUGGACGUCUUCAGCUGUGGAAUUGUGUUAGCCGAGGUCCUCACUGGCAUUCCUGCCAUGGAUAAGAACCGGAGCCCCAUGUACCUGAAGGAUUUGCUCCUCAGUGAGAUUCCAAGCAGCACUGCCUCGCCCUGCUCCAGGAAGACAGAUGUGGAAAAGGUGAUGGCCCAGGAGAUCUGCCAGAAACACCUGGAGAGGAGGGCAGGGUCACUGCCGGAGGACUGUGCCGAGGCCUGGGCCGCAGCUGUCUGCCUCUGCCUACGGCGGCGCAACGCCAGCCUGGAGGAGGCCUGUGGCUCCAUGGUUGCAGUGGAGGAGCGGCUUCAAGGUCAUCUGUCAGUCCCAUGCAGUGGGCUUUCUGAGGCCACAGGCUUGUCUUCCAACACCCCAGAGGAAACUGAUGAUGUGGACAAUUCCAGCCUGGACACCUCCCACUCCUCCACUGGGGCAGCCCCCAGUUCAGGGGCUGUGUCCCCAGCUGUCUGCGCAGAGGGUGGAGCAGGAAGGCUGCCGGUCACUCAGGAAGUAGAGGCUGAUUUCUUGUCCGUGGCCUGUGGGGGCCCACAGUCCCCCCAGGAUGCUACAGAGAUUUCCUGGAAAAUCGAGAUCAAUGAAGCCAAAAGGAAACUAAUGGAGAAGAUCUUUCUCUACGGAGAGAAGAAACUGGACAGCAUUGAGCUCUUCGGGCCCUAAAGACCGGCACACAGUUGAUGGCCCUGGACCACCAUUGGAAAGACAAGUUGUUCAGUCAGUGGUAUAGUGUACAAGGUCGGACACGAUGUGCAAACCAAACUUCAGCUUUCCCUGAUGGAAGGGAACUUCCAUUUCAUAAGAGUGAACUAGGGGACAAGGGACCUCUGCAGAAAUCCAGAAGUGCUCUUUCUGUCUGGGAUGUGUGAGUCAGCGUGAGGUGUCAGAAGAGACUGAACUAGAGGGCCUGGUACAUGGGACCAGGAUAUGGGUGGCUCUGUGGUUCUGGGGGAGCCCGUGAUGAAAACCACCCCAGGAGGUGCUCUCGCUCCUCCACACUGACUGCAAUUCUUCAGGCUCAGUAGAGGUUUCCAAAGUUAAAAUCUGCCCACAUAUUUGCCAAGGACUACCUGCAGGCCUCCCUGCCUGAGAUUUCUACCCUGUGUCUUCCAACCAUUCUUAGCUCAGUUUUAGUCCCUAGUUUUAGAAGUGCGGACACCUGCUUAGGACUCUGUGGUUUCCAUUUAUCAGCCCUCUUGUGACCUGCAGAUAAAGGUGCUUGCUCAGCAUCAUAAUACACCAUUCCCCUAACACAUUAAAAAAAAAAUUGUGCUGCUACUGGGGCCUGGGUGCUGCACUUUAACUUUUUGUUUUGCUAAA